AUGAAACUUAUCCUGACACGAAUACAAUCAAAACAGAAAGGCUGGUUUUCUUGGCUAUUCACAAAGAACUUUAAUCUUAAAAUUAAUAAUGAAACUUUCUUACUAAAAACAGGAAAUAUAUAUUUGGGUUAUAUUAUUGAAAUUUUUAGCUUGGAUGUAAAUUUAAAAAUUGAUAUUGAUAAUAUAAUGUAUGAUUAUAGUAAGACUUUUACAGUAGGAGAAUCUUAUUUAGAAGUUGACAAUCCAUGCUUUAAAGGAGUUUUGUUUUUUACUGCUAUUAAUGGAAACUUUCUGACAUUUUUAGAAAACCAAAAGGCAAAAUGCAACACUACAAAAUUAAGCAGAUUGUUACAAAAUUGUACAGAUAUUCAUGUAAUGAGACUAAGUUAUGAAAAAAUAGAAUACCAUGUAAAUAAAGAAAAUUACACAACAUCUUUACAAAAUGCAAUUACAACAUCAAGUCUACCACUGGGAUGGGAAACUGCUGUGUAUAAAAAGAGGAUUCUAUAUGUAAAUCACAAUAUAAAAUUAUGUUACUGGAAAUCGCCAGGAUUUAUUUAUAAUGUACUUAGAGAAAAGAUAGAUCAUUUUGAAAAUAAUUUACUAAAUUUAACCUUUUUAUCUUUAAGAACACUUACUUCUAUUAAAUUAGAAGUUAGAAGAGGUCAUAUUUUAGAUUCUACAGUAAUUUAUAUACUUCAACAUGUUGAUAAAUUAAAGACAAAAAAACUACAUGCAUCAUUUAUAGAUGAAAUUGGGCAAGAUUAUGGUGCUUUGAUGAGAGAAUUUAUUUAUGAAACAAGUUUAGAAAUCCUUAAUGAUCCUAGAUUGGAAGUUUGUAAUGAUUUUGUAGAUGUUAAGCCAAAUGAUUUUUGUAAUCAAAAUUUACUUUCAGAGACAGUUAAAGAAAUAGCAAAUCGACAUGAACAAAUUUGUGAGUUUACAGAUGAUUUUAAAGGCAAAAAUAGAUUGACUGAUGAAGCUUUCUAUAUUUAUUUGGGGGUUUUUAUUGCUUUAUUACUUAUUUGUAAUGAAAAUAUUGACUACACAUUUUCAUUAGCUUUUUAUGAAAAUUUACUAUUAAGAAGAUAUACAAUGCGGUUAAUACAAGAUGUACAGUAUCAAAAAUCUCUCAAUUGGAUGUGUCAAAACGAAGUCACAGAAGAUAUAUUACCAGGAGUCACAUCUACUAACAAAUCAGAUUUAAUAUAUUCAAUAUUUUAUGAUAAACUUUUCCUACAAAAGAAAGUACCUUACGAUUUUAUAAGUAAAGGGUUUUACUCAGUAAUUCCAGAAGAUUUUAGAGAUAUGUUUGAAUCUGAUGAACUUUCUAUGUUAAUAAGUAAUAACAAAUAUCUCGAAGUUAGUCAUCUAAAAGAAUUUGUACUAUAUAAUCUUUGUUCUGAAAGUACAGAAGAAAUAAUUUGGUUAUGGGAGAUAUUAAAAUCUAAAGAUCAAAUAUUUUUAAGAAAAUUCUUAAAAUUUAUAACAGGAUCUGGUAGUAUUCCUAUGUUAAUCAAUAAUUCUAGUUUUAAAAUAGUAAUAGAACAAAACAAUCUUAAAGAUUCCUUAUUAAGAGCGAGUGCAUGUCUAAACAAAUUGGUUUUAAGCAAAUAUUCAAAUAAGCAAACAUUGGAAGAAAUAUUAGAUUUUAGUAUCUUAAACACAGAAGGAUUUCAUAAAGUCUAA